UAAAGUGGUAUUCACUAACCCAAGACUCUGCGUUUAAUCAAAGUGAUAAACCUUGGAUAUCUGCUUUGAAAGCUGAGAACUAUGGGAGUUAUCUUUUAUGAAGGGCAGGUCGCGAGCACAGUCCCACCAGCCAAACUGUUCCAGAAGUUUGUGAUUGAGAGCCUGAGUCUCCUCCCCAAGGUCCUGCCUCAGGCUCUUGAAAGUGUCGUCAAUCUCCAAGGAGAUGGAGGACCUGGUACAAUCAGGCAAGUUCACUUCAGCAAUGGGAGCUUCGUGAAGGAGACGAUCGACGCCGUUGACAAGGAGAAUUUCAUAUUUGAGUACACUGUGAUCGAAGGUGAUCCUGCCUUGAUGAGUAAAGAACUUGAAAAAAUCUGUUUUCAGAUUAAGUUUGAAGCCUCCCCUGAUGGAGGAUCUAUCUUAAAGCGCACCAGCAAGAGCUACACUCUUGAGGGAAUUGACGUCAAUGAAGAGGAAAUUAAGGCUGCUCAAGCAAAGACUAUGGAAGCCUUUGUAGGAAUAUUCAAGGCUUUUGAAGCUUACAUCUUGGCGAAUCCUGAUGAUUAAAUAUGCUAAACUACUUCGAUUUUCAUUAUGUGUAACAAGAAGAGUGAUGGCUCAUAUUUGAAACUGCCAACUGGUUUGAAAUAAUAUAUAAAAUAAUAGACAGAUGGUGUUUUUCAACCUUUUAUAGUUCAAUCUAUUUUCAUUUGUGUA